CGUCGCUGUUGGUUGACGCGCGCGCGCUAUAGCUGGUUUAGACGUUAUUUGGCAGAGACUCAGACGGGUCGUGCCUUUUGCUCCCGUUGGCGCACAACCUCCCCCCUCUCCCCCCCCACGGAAAACCUAGAGCCAGGCGAGCAAAGUAGAGCUCGACGGGCCAACGCAUUCGAAUCAGUUCGCUGCAUGACGUUGGACGGCCAUCCCGCACGGCUGCCGAUCGCAGCUCUAGACACAAUUGCAGUUUCAAUCUAAACGUUCUUUUGCAUCAAGUUUGAUACGUUUCCAUGUUCCGUCAGAUUCAAUUGAAAUAAAAGCCCGAAAACAAAAAAAAUUAAUUAAUUUUUAUCGCCUUUUUUUUUUUUUCAUCGUUUCGCAGUGCGGAAUUUGUUUUCGAUUUUUCGAGAUUCAUCCCGGCAAAGUUUAAACAAAAAACAAAAAGGAAAAGAAAGAAAGAAUUAAAAAAAAAAGCUAAAGCGAUCCACUCUGCGAGACUGUGCGAGUGAAACGAGGAUCAGAAAAACAACGUCCACGAGUGUGCAGUGUCAGAGGGACGCAGAGAGAGAGAGAGAGCAACUUGUUCCGCUUUGGCUCACGAAACUCAACUCUCGACUGCAAAGUGGUUUUUGCGCUGCCUUUGCCUCGCUCUCAGUCUCCAGUGACUUUACCCUUUUACCCCAUUUUUUGUUUGUUUCGCUUUUGGGGUUUUCGCCCUUAUUCAGUGAACGCCAGCUGCGUGAGCCAAGUCGGCCAAGGAAGGCAGUCAGCGGACAAGCAAAGCGUGAGUGAAAUGUGGAACGAAGAACAACCGACAAGACGAGCGGCGGCGACGGCCAAACAAUGAAUAAGAAGCAGGAUCGAAAGCCCAUCAUCUCAGAUCCGUUGGGGAUCCUCGUCCUUCAGUUAUUGUAGGGGCAACACACAACCACACACACAAAAGGAGGGAGGAAAAGGAAAAGAAAAGCGAGCGCCGCUUGCAUGCCCGCUCCUUCCGGAUAUUGCCAAUAAAGCGCGACGCAUCCGUUACCACUUCUUCCGGUCGGGUUAGCCGCAACGGAGCGCAGCCAGGCGAGGGACCGCCCGAUCGACGCCGCCAGGACGGGCAACAACAACAACAACUGCACACACAAAAAGCGACAAACCUUCAUGUGUGUGUUGUAGUUCUCUUUUGUCAAUCCAUCCAUCCAUCCAUCCAUUCUUCCAUCCGCUUCCGCGCACACAUUCGUCGCUUUCUAACCAACAACUACAACAAAAUAAUACGACAAAAAAAAAAAAAGAGAAAAAUAAUAAUAAUCGGGACUUGCAAUUUUUCCCGAUUCUCGGCUGCUGCCGGGCGUUUUCUACUCAUAAAAUCCUGUUGGAAAUCUAUCAGAAAUAAAAUAAAAGCGCAGCCAAUAAAGGAGGACAAAAAAUAAAUAAAAUAAAUAAAUAACCCCGGAAUGAUGACAUUGAGUCAGUAAUCCAGGCCACUGCCGUAACCAACGCCAACGCUCCGGUUAGGCAAAACAGAAAAAAACAAAUAAAAACACGCCAAAGACAAGAGAAAAAGUCCUUUCCUUUUAAAUGUUAUCAUCAUUUUCUCUCUUUUGAUGAUUUGAUCUAUUAUUUGGCUGCCUGGCUGUGCGGAUCUGUUUCGAUCUGCGCGCGCUAUUGUGAUUGGAUCGCUGAGUGGGUGUGCGCUCUAGUGCCACAGUGUGUGUCUCUGUACGUGUGUCUGUUUCCAACUGAGCAAUAGCCAUCUCGCAGGGGCUGUCGUGUUGUGUGGUGCAUGUGCGUCAGUGUCGUGUGUCUGUGCGGAACGGAAGGAAACCGAAACAGUGGGACCGGAUGCGUGUGCAUCUAUCAGCACGGCAUCGUCGGUGGCUGCGAAACGGUCGAGCAACAAGAGCAACGACGAGCAGCUGGACCUGAUUAAAAACAAUUUUUUUUUAUGUGUGUGUGUGUGUGUGUGUCAUCGUCUAAACACGAAAAAAAAAUCAAAUAAAAAGGCCAAAGUCAUCAUCGCAUCCAUCCGCUGUCCAGCGAACGUGAAAUUCCGGUGAUGGUCACAUCCGUCCGUGCAGAGCAGGGCGCGCUUACAACAACAACAACAACAACAACAACAACACAAAGAAAGAAAGAAUAAAUCCAACAUUUUCAAGGUGUACGCGGCCACACAUUGAAUCGAUCCAUCCGAAACUCAUCCAUCUAUUUGGCCGAGACGGUUGCGUUUGUGCGUCCAGGCCAAGGCCAGUCCGCAUCGGUCUAAUCAAAAUUGCGCCCCACAGCAUUGGUGAUUCUAGCGUGGCAAGCGGUGGUGGUGCUGGCAAUAUGGCGUCGGUGGCCGCCUGGUUGCCCUUCGCCCGCGCGGCAGCCAUCGGAUGGGUGCCCAUCGCCAACAAUCCUUUACCUCCGCCGCCCAUCGCCAAGGAGCGGCGGAGACCCGACGACGAGAAGCUCAUCGUCAACGUUUCAGGACGGCGGUUCGAGACGUGGCGGAACACGCUGGAAAAAUACCCCGACACGCUGCUGGGCUCCAACGAGCGCGAAUUCUUUUACGACGAAGAGACGAAAGAGUAUUUCUUCGACCGCGAUCCGGACAUCUUCCGGCACAUCCUCAAUUACUACCGGACGGGCAAAUUGCACUACCCCAAACACGAAUGCCUGACCAGCUACGACGAGGAGCUGGCCUUCUUCGGCAUCGUGCCGGACGUCAUCGGCGAUUGCUGUUACGAGGACUACCGCGACCGCAAGCGGGAGAACGCCGAGCGCAUCAUGGACGACAAACUGAGCGAGAACAACGAACAGAACUCGCAAGCGGCCCAGGAUAUGCGCAACACGCGAGAGAAAAUGUGGCGCGCCUUCGAGAAUCCGCACACGUCGACGGCCGCCCUCGUCUUCUAUUACGUCACCGGCUUCUUCAUCGCCGUCAGCGUCAUGGCCAACGUGGUGGAAACGGUGCCGUGCACCCUGGGCAUCGCCAUGCCCCUGGCCGCAGACGGCCGACUCUUGUCCAAGAACAGCGAAUCCAUUCCAUGCGGAGAGAGAUACAAAAUCAUCUUCUUCUGCCUAGACACGGCAUGCGUCAUGAUCUUCACUGCUGAAUACUUGCUCAGAUUAUUCGCCGCUCCGGACCGAUGCAAGUUUAUGCGAUCGGUCAUGUCCAUCAUCGACGUGGUGGCCAUCUUGCCCUAUUACAUUGGUCUGGGCAUCUCCACUGAAAACGACGACGUCUCAGGAGCGUUUGUGACGCUGCGAGUCUUCCGCGUCUUCCGCAUUUUCAAAUUUUCGCGGCAUUCGCAAGGCCUACGCAUCCUGGGCUACACGCUCAAGAGCUGCGCCUCCGAGCUGGGCUUCCUCGUCUUCUCGCUGGCCAUGGCCAUCAUCAUCUUCGCCACCGUCAUGUUCUACGCAGAGAAGAACGUCGACGGAACCAAUUUCACCUCCAUUCCGGCCGCUUUCUGGUACACCAUCGUCACCAUGACAACACUCGGGUACGGCGACAUGGUGCCCAAGACGAUAGCCGGCAAAGUGGUGGGCGGCGUUUGUUCACUGAGCGGAGUGCUCGUUAUCGCCCUGCCCGUUCCCGUCAUCGUGUCCAACUUUAGUCGCAUUUAUCAUCAAAACCAACGCGCUGACAAACGCAAGGCUCAAAAGAAAGCGCGAUUGGCCCGCAUCCGGCUGGCCAAAGCCACUUCAGGAGCCGCGUUCUUGUCGAAAAAACGGGCCGUCGAGUCGCGUCUCUUGGCUCAAGAGUCCGGACUGGGUCUGGACGGCGAUAACGGCGCCGGCGGUGGCGAUGAUCAACAUUGGCUACGCGAGGAGGAUAUUUUCGAAUUGCAACAUCAUCACCUGCUACGCUGCCUCGAAAAAGCCACGGAUCGCGAAUUCAUCGAGCUGGAGAAUCCAUUCAACGGACAACCGCAAUCGAUGCAAAGGUCGGCCGGUUCUCGGUCAACGUCACCUACCCUCGCCGGCCAAGGAUCUUUGGUGUCGCCUGCGGGCAACGUGAGAAACAAACCACAAGCGGGAGGCCGGUCCUCGGCCUCUUCGCCAUUGUCACCCGAAAGGCUAACGCGACAACAACAACAACAACAUUCGGCCAUGUGCCCUUGCUGUUUGUGCUGGACUUGCCUACCGCUACACCAACGGUCGUCCAGCACCUCUGCCGUUGCAUCGGCAGCCCCUCCCACCGUCAGCCAAGUGAACGUCGUCGGUUCCAGCAGUGGCGCUGCUCAACUGUCGAUGGACGACAUGCCGGGAGCGCCAGUUGCGAUGGACGGGCCCAUAACUCAAUCGUUUGUGCCGGCCAGUGGCGGCAGCGGCAGCAGCAGCAGCAGCAGCAGCGCUAAUGUGACCAUUAGACGGAGACACAAUGAAACUUCGUCAUCGUCCUCGUCUUCUCCUCAUCAAGGCGUCGGUCAGGUGCAGAUGCUGCAACAAUCAGCCAGCGGAGCAACCGAAGGGCCGCUUGAAUUCCAAAUCAGCGGAGGAGGCCAGCAUCAAUCCCAGCCGGUGGAGACCCGGCAAACGAUUCUCCACAUCUCCGCGCUGUGAAAACAAAAAAAAAACAAUUCAUUUAAAAACAAAAUUGAUUUUUUUAAAAGCAACACAAAACAAUUUAAGGAAAUGUGUCAAAAAAUGAUAUUUGAUUGUCACGUGUAGCAAAAAUGAUCCCAUUACGUGCCCUGUUUCUUAUAUAGUAUUUAAAACAAGUUUUCCCCUUCAACCUUCUUUUUGUAAACCUCCCCCCCCCCCACCCGAUGUUUAUCGACGAUCAAUUUUCCUCCCGUCAUUAUUAUUAUCAUAUAUAUAUAAAUCAAAACCUGUAAUUAUCGGUCGUGAAUCACUUUCACGACCAACACACAAAAGAAAAUGUUUGCGCGUAUAUUGUUACACGUCCCUCUCAAUGGCAUCCAUUUUUGCCCCACACGAUGUUCUUGUUUUUGUUUGUUUAUUUUUAAAUCAUCGUCAAUGAAUGUUUCACUGCGCACCCAACACUUUCCCCGUUCAGAAAACAAGAAAGAAAAAAAAAAAAAACAUUUGCUGGACCCAAACGGGGAUAUGAUUUUUUCCCUCUGCAUUUCACAACACGUCAUUUGAGGUAGACGAGGAUUGGAUGGAAGAGAUUUGCGUGUCUGGCGAAAAUGUGGGGAAAACUACACGCGUCCCUCGUUUACUUUCAGCUCCGCCUCUACACAGAACACGAGAUUUGGUCACGUCCCUUUGAAGCUAUUUGUCUUUUUUAUCAUACGAGUUCGUGGAGACUUCCGUUGGCGCUUCCAUGCGGGGUUAGAAGAAAAUCAACGAGAAACUGGGAAGAAGAAAAGAUUUCUCGUUUUUUUUUGUUUCAAAUGUCACUCAUUGUAAAGAAAAAUACCCCUCCCCCAACUCCCUUGUGUUCAAAUCAGGACAUUGUAAAACGUUUUUGUUCGGCCGCCGCUUCCAUAGUCACACACGCACACGUCCAAAACAGAAACCCUCCUUCUCUGGGUUAAAAUUCAAUUUCACGUUCCGCAAAAAAAUAUAUAUAUAUAUAUGUAUAUAUAUACAUAUAUAACGAGGACAGAGAAGAAUAGAUUGGCAUCAGACACGCGCAAUCCAUUUACUUCAUUUACUUACUUAGUAAGUUAUUUAUUUUUUGGCACUUGAUCCUUCCAUGGCGUGCGAACUUCCAAUCCUCUUCCCUCCCUUAAUAAACGAAAAACAAAGCUUUCUACCAACUCCCCCCCUCCCCUUUAAAAAAAAAUAUAUAUAUAUAUAUAUAUAUAAUAAUAAAUGUACACAAAACAAAAGAGUCGUAAAGGUCAAACUAAACCGGCAAGAGAACAGCAACAAUAAAAAUGCGGCGAAACACGCAGUUUCUUUUUUUCCUAAGAAACAAAAGGGAAGAUGAACGACAUAUCUGCACGCGUUCACAUCGACUUCGAGCAAACAGAAACACCCCCGAAAUGAAACGUUUAAAGUUGUCAAAAUUGAUUCCAAAAUAGUUUCUUCUUUUUGGCUGUUCAAACGUCAACUGUGUCAUUGUUCUUUGUUUUCGGAUGGAAAGCGAACCAGACGGAGUGAUUGAAAAAGGGG